UGGCCGUCGCGCAGUCCUUACUAGCAAAACCACGCCCUCACCUUCCUUCCACGCUUCUCAACAUACUUUCAAUUGCAACGUCUAUCCAACACACCUCGGCUGGAAUGACCUCUCACUCGCACUAUUUCGUCUACAGCGCUCGCAAUGACUUCGCAGGCACUUGAAGCUGCGCUGAGCGAGCUAGACAACGACGCGUCGCAUUUGCGCCUUUCCGAGCUUAUUGCUGCCCGGAAAUUCGACGGACCAACGCUUCCUGCCAUUGCUGAACUUUUUUUGCGCGCAUUUUGCGACAUUGCCUCCUCUUCCACACGGAGAAGAUGGGUCGGAAUUGCGCUUGCCCGUAUGAUUGACGCGUCACUCGACGUUGUCGACCACCUCAAGCAGUUGCGACAGGAAUCGCAAAGACUCGGCACGAUUAUACUAAGCAACACCGAGCUUGAGGAAACCAGAAUCGUCGCGGGUAUCAUCAUCCGGCAAGGCUUAGAAAAGGGCAUCGAGUAUAGCAACUUCUGGGUGUCGGACAAAGUCAUGAACAGCGCACCCAAUUUCCCCAAGGCCCCCGGCCCCAGGUGGAUGGCCGAGUUUCAGAGCUUCCUCGACACUUUGGGCGAUUUGGCUCUGGCUAACCCGAAUACUGAUCCCUCCAUUAUCUACCCCAUCUCGCUUCUCGCUUCGGAUGGCUUCAAAUGGCGGGAAUCCAACGACGGGUUUCCCAUUGCGCUCAUCCAAGCAGGAAUGUUAACAGUCGUUGCGCCAGACGGACUUCUUCGAGAUAUACAAUUCGUGGACAUCCCAAUUAGUCACGUUUGCAGAAUGGAUACUCGGCGCUCCACUCUUCACGAUAGUCAAGCGCAAUCGACAGGGCACGAGCCGUGGGACCUUGUCCUCAUACUCAAAGCUGAGCCAUGGAGCUAUCGUCUAGACGCAUCGCUCCGCGCGGGAACCGAGGUUACGCUCUUGUUCCAGCACUCGGCGGACGCAAAAGAAUGGGAGAAGUGCAUCAUGGAGCAUCAAAAAGGAGAAACAGACACCACCACCUAUAUGCCUCCAGCGGCCCAUCCUUUAAUGUCGAGCAGCUCCCCGAUCGAUCUCCGCCCUUCGCCAUCACCAACAACGGACGGAAUUAUGCACCAAGAUGGGCAGAAGAUAACCACACAAUCCCAUUCGUCUAGUCAAUCUAAUCGUUCGCGGCCAGUUGUGUCGGUUCCAUGGUCGCCUUUAAAUGAACAACAUCUAGAACAACUAAGGACAUCAUCAGAUCAACUUAGUGAGAGUCUACAGACACAUCGAGAGAGAUCAAGCAGAGCGGCCUCCAAGAGAACACAAGUACGCGCAGAACAACAGCAGGACACCACCAAGCCAGCGCAACAACAAGACAGAUCGAAACGGCCGAAACAGCAGGACAAAAUGAAUACGGACCAGGGACAUACUAGUUUACCGCGAGUGCAAGAAUCGAAAGCCUCAAGCUCGGAAGAUAUGCCCGAUGGCCUGAAUCCAUUGGAGCAGACUGAGCCAGUACGCCCGAUACCAAAUCGAACGACAUACAGCAAAGGAAAGCUACCAAAAGUCUCACAGGCCGCAAAACUGAAAGCUUCUAAGCAACUUCAACCACAAGCUGACGUUUUCGAUAUACCGAACGAGAAGCCCGCACGGGCGAAGGGAAGGAAGAAAGCUGACCAGAACAACGUUUCGAGCUCUGGACUGGCAUCGCAGAAUCAACCACAGAGAUUGAAGGUUGUUGACCAUACGACUACCGGCAACGCGAAAGAAAAACGAUCGCAAGCAAAGCGCAAAGCAGACGAUGAUGACGAUGACUUUGUUCCGGAGAAGAAGAGACCUAAGACAAGAGCAACUACUAAGCGAAAAUCCGCAUUAAUCAUGGCCAAUGGUGCUGAGCAGUCAAGGGAGGAAGCCCCUGUUGAACCUAGCGAAGAUACCCGAGUUGCUACUUCUGGGGCGAACCCAAUAAAGGCAAAGACAGUGGCCCAGCAUCUUGCACCAGCGGCGUCAGAUAGGGCCACAAAGGUGUCGAAGCCGCGAGCGACCAAGUCAAAACCAAAACCAAUCGAAAAGCCUUCCUCGUCUAUUGCUUCAUCACGCUACUCCUUAAUUGGAGGCCUGUUAGGCUCUCAGCUUCCACCAAAGUCUUCCACCAUGGCGUUCAAAAAACCAGAGCUUCCAGUUCGAGCUCCCCAAGCCCCAUCAACACCGACCCCGCCUAAAACUCGGUCUGGCAAUCCACAUAUACGACCACAGACACCGAUGGAUGCGCGAAGGCAACUUAAUGACGAGCCUUUGUCUUCCGUUUUCUCGUCACCGCCACUAGGCAACGCAAGCCAAAGAGGGAGUAAUUGGAGACAUCAGACUGCAGCCGAUACAGAGAUGCUUUCCAGCAACAGCAAACCCGUGCCUGCGUCACCAACUGCAGAGUCUACGGCCAUCUCUGGUCACGCAGAUUAUGAUGAAAUAGAUUUUGAGAAAAGACGAGGCGAUGCACAAACGGCUGAGAGUGACCCGUUCAGGCGGCGUCGUGAGGGUCAGAAAGCGACGUCUUUUACACGCCGUCUAACAGGAGAAGGUUUGGCGGUCGGAAACCCCUCACCGAAUGUAGGUCUAUCGCAUAGCACACCAAUUGACGUCGCUCGGCUCGAUAGUUCGGACAUUGACGACGUCCUUAUUACGGCAGUGACUCAGCCCCUUUUACAGCAUGUGUCAUGGCGACAAAAGAUGCUUAGUCCUACAAACCUAAAAUCUCCUUUUAGGGGAAACCUUGCCCAAGUUCCAGAAUCGCACAAGCCGGUAACAUAUGUGAAGGCGAAGCAGAACGAGAUGUCAUCAAAGCAAAGAGCAGCAACGCAGACGCAAAGUACUGUCGGAAUCGGUCCAGAGACUACCCACAAUGCUACCAGGCGAGUCGCUACAGAGGUUGCUCCGAACGAGGCAUCAACAUUACAUGAAGACGAGGCACAAGAUGGCGAGAUCCAAAAUCCUAUCUUGACCGCUUCACGACAAUCCAUCGACAACACUCUAGUGGAUCAGCUAGUGCAGACUUAUGAAGAUGUGGAUAUGGACGGCGACGCUACCCUCGUCAACUAUGAGGAAGAUGAGCGGCCCAUAUCUAAUCUCAAGGCUUCACCCGUUCAUUUCCGCUCCUCGCCACCCAUCCCAGGUUCUCCAAGUAGCCACAGCUCUACGUCUGCCGAACCCGAACCGUCGUCUCAGUCAGCGCUGCCUACAUCAGAAGCAGAAGAAAUCGAGUGGGAGGCGAGCCUCCAGCCUCAUCAACGUGCAAUCCAUGAUCUCCUCAUCCGCACAUCCAAGCGAGUCUUGCGCCACAUCAUCGACAAUGAGACGGCUGUGACUGACAUUGCGGAAAUUUUUGUUCGGGAUGGCGAGCACGUACUCAAUGCUUUGCUCCAGCGGCAUGAUCGUGAUUACGAUCACGUCUUUCAUGACAUGGAAAACAAGACGAAGGGUCUAAAGAAGGAGCUAGAACGUGCCGCGAAGAAUCUUUUGAAGGAGAGGAAGCGUGUUGAUGCAAUAGGAUAGACGUGCAUGAUUAUUUUGACGAGACCGCUACACAGUGUAUGAUGGUGCUCGCGUUGUAGUAUAGGUAUUAGGUCAUGAUAUUACGACCCUAAUGAUUAUACAAGACCAUGACUUACGAAGAGAGGUUAGCAAGAGCAUAGCAUUGACUG